AGGAGCAGCAGGAGGCUGGGGUGGGGCCGGGGGCAAGUGCUGUGAUGCGCUUCCGGGGAGGGGCCUUCGGGUAGCGGCCGAAUGACAGUUUCCGAGCGGCAGCGGCAGUGAUGGCGAUUUUUAGUGUGUAUGUGGUGAACAAAGCUGGCGGCUUGAUUUACCAGUUGGACAGCUACGCGCCACGGGCUGAGGCUGAGAAAACUUUCAGUUACCCGCUGGAUCUGCUGCUCAAGCUACACGAUGAGCGUGUGUUGGUUGCUUUCGGCCAGCGGGACGGCAUCCGAGUGGGCCAUGCAGUGCUGGCCAUCAUGGCGAUGGACGUGAUACGGCAACGUAACACGGCCGACGGGAAGAGCUCAGGCAUUGAGAUGCUGGAGACAGACACAUUCAAAUUGCACUGCUACCAGACACUGACAGGGAUCAAGUUUGUGGUUCUAGCAGAUCCUAGGCAAGCUGGAAUAGAUUCUCUUCUCCGAAAGAUUUAUGAGAUUUACUCAGACUUUGCCCUUAAGAAUCCAUUCUACUCCUUAGAAAUGCCCAUCAGGUGUGAGCUCUUUGACCAGAACCUGAAGCUAGCCCUGGAGGUGGCAGAGAAGGCUGGAACUUUUGGACCUGGGUCAUAGGCUGAACCUGUGAUGGACCCCCAAAUUCUGAGAGUUCCUGCAAAAGGAACACUGCUGUUUAUACUCCAGUGGAAACCCCAGCAGCCUUGUUAGUGCACUGGAAAAUGGGAGAAUGCGGACCCUGAAGACAAAACUGAUUCCUGAGCCUUAACACUGUGUUCUUUCCUUCUGUAUAUACCAUGGUCUUACUUUCCAGCUCUGUAUGGAUUUAUUUUUGGAGGAGCUAGGUCCAUAAAUGUUGUAAUAAAUAUUCCUUUGAUCUUGG